AAUGACGUCUAAAGAAUGUAUUGAUUAGGUCGUUCCAUCAGAUAUAAAAUAUCUGGGAAUGAGCGCUAGAAAAAAUUCAAACAAUGCAGAUUUUUAGUUAAUUGGUUGAAAUUCUUGUAUUCAAUAAACAUGCUCCAGUUCGGCUUCUAGAAAGCCCGGAGCAUUCAAAUUUCCGGUCAUAGAUAUCUGCGCCCAUUAAGACGAUGAUCAACCAAAUCAACUUCAAAAGAUUAAUUCGCUGAUUAUGGUUUAGACUUCAAUUUCACGUGCGUCUUACCCUACGCGCUGUCAUUAAAUUCUGCCAUCGUAUGGCCACGUGUCGUGUUCGGGCCCCCCGUGCGGGGCAUAUAACCUGAUGGCGGCCGUCGCUGGGCUCAGUUCUGUGUCAUCUGCCUCCGACCUAACACGCAAGAGAUCACUACUGCAAUCCUUCGCCAUGAAGCUGAUGCUGCUGAUGAUAUUGUGCACCGCCGUGACCGCCAAGGCACCGGUGGAAAGUGCAGUAGAGUCCUCAGAGAUCAGUGUGGACAUGUACAUAGAGCAGUACACCUAUGGUAAACUGACGCCUUGCUGCGAACGCUGCUACGACAAAUUUGGUAACAAUGGAUGGUGCUCUUACAGGUGGCAGGGAUGUGGUUUGUUUGGGUACCAAGCGACAACAUCUAAAGGUUGUGCUCUUGGCACAAGUAUUUGUGAUGUAAAAGGACAAAAUUGUCAGUGGUAUAAUCCCUGCAUCUGCUGCAUCUCCAAGAAGCAAUACGUUGCGUUCAACUCAACGUUUCAUGAGAUUCCUUGAACUCAAUCAAAUAUUCUACCGUAAUUUUUGACGCAACCGUAGUGGCUGUUGCUUCAUUUUGCUGUUGCUCCAGUUGUACUGUGGAUGAGCAGUCUUAUUUCAACCGCUUGGCUUUUAUUUUUAAAGGUUUGUUAUGAGGCUUUCGUUGUUUUUCAAGGCUCAAUCAUUCCUUAUGAUUGGAUCGAGACGCAUAGAAUGCAUUAAACACUUAAUGUCAUUUCACUACUCUGGCGGCGGUUUUAUCUCUGCUAAUCUUAACGAUGUGAUGCUGAAGUUAAUUUUGCGACUUGGUUCUUGGGAGUAAAACCAGCACCCGAAUUUCCUUCAUUCAAGCGCUAACGGUUCGCGGGGAACAAUAGUCAUGAGUUUGUAAUGCUUUGCUUUAGGGUUUAGGCCAAUACAAGAUGAAAGAUUA